AUGCAUCCAGACCUGUCUCCUCAUCUGCACACCGAAGAAUGUAACCUAGUUAUCAGUCUGCUCAAGAAAUGUCACAAGGAGCACAACAUUUUGAAAUUUUUUGGCCAUUGCAAUGAUAUUGACCGUGAGAUGCGGAAGUGCUUAAAGAAAGAGUAUGAAGAAAACAGGGCCAGGAACCAGGAGAUACGACGGAAGCUAAUUAAUGCUCACAAAGACUCGGAGAAGUGA